AUGUUCCAAGUGUCGGAUCUCGUGAAGGACACCAAGUUGCCUACUAAGCACGACCCUGAGUAUACCACUCAUACCUUUCUUGAGUCGACGUCCGUCUCAGGCCGCCGUGGUAGGCGGAGGGAGCGUGAAGAAUUAUGGACAAAAAAGCGACAUCUUGCCAUAGGCAUUUUUGGAACGGUAUGGCUGGAGGUGUGUGCAUCUGACGGGAAUAGGUUACGGACUGUCAAAGAAGUGCGCAAGAUUGCACCAGAUUCUAAGACCAUAGAUUACAGUCGGGAGUUGGAGGCAAUUGCCAAAUUCUCCCAAGAAAGGUUUGACGGAUGUUUCGUGAGAUCGGCAGGUUGGUUCGAAGACCCCGAGUCUCUUUUCAUUUGCAUGGAAUACCUACCACUUGGAGACCUUCAAAGGUAUAUGAAGCAGCCUUUUCCUGAGCAAGAAGCCCAGCAAAUCACUCUGCAGCUCCUUGAGGGGCUUGACUUCAUGCAUAGCAAUGGCUUCGCCCAUCGUGACCUGAAACCACAGAACAUCUUUGUCGUUUCCCAGGGACCAGACUGGUGGGUCAAGAUCGGAGACUAUGGCAUCAGCAAGCGCGUGUUGGAAGGCUUGACAGGUCUGCAGACACUGAAUGGAACACCAGCUUUCACUGCACCCGAGGUUUACCAACAGAUAUGGACCGAGACUGAGAAGAAAGAAGAAUUGAGUCUUGCUCUGGAAGUCGACAUCUGGUCCUUGGGGGCCAUCACCUAUUACAUGCUUACUGGAAAGCUACCAUUUCAGGGUCAAGCCGACCUGCUUGCAUACUACAAAGAGGAGACGAGUCUUCCAUUGAAAUGUGUCUCUCAGAAAAAUGCAACGCCAGAGGCAUUGGUUUUCUUGGAGAACACACUCACAGCAAGUCCUGCAUAUCGUCUUAGAGCCAGAGAGUUGCUAGAUCACGCCUGGUUAACACCUUUGCUCCAAGAAUCAGACGCCGAAGAGCAGAUCAACUCACCCAUUUCACAUAUAUCGCCAUCAGACAAUCCAAUUAUACCCCAGCCAUUGCAAAUACGAAUCCGCCAUAGUCCUCAAGAAGGGAUGUUGCCGGACACAAUCGACCUACCAGCCAUCCCUAGUCCAAAUACUCUAGAGCUAUCUCCAUCGCGUACAAGUCAGGGCAUCGACUGUGACACUUUUAAACAGAUAGUCGCACCUGCCACACCUCUACUCAGCCGAAACCACCCAGCAAUGCAUCCGGAGAUAGACACAAUUCCCAGUCCUCAACCACAAUCACUAUGCAGCGAGUCAUCCACAAGUCCUCGGGACGUUAGACAGCCUUCCCAGGUUUCCAACACCUCGACUAGAGAUACGAUGCCGCCGAAUACGCGGAGGAGGUCCGAUGCAGCACCAAUUCCGGUUUCAGAUCUAUUGUAUCACACCCCGAAGUCAGGGAGCGCUGCGUCUAGUGCCAGGAAUAGCACGGAUCGGUUCGAGAAGUUCCGUCGAGUCUCGAGGGAUAUGGUGCCGAGACGGAGUCGUCGAUCUCAGGAUCAUGGUAAGGAGCAGCACGAAGAUGAAGAGAAAGGCUUGGAUAUUCCAAAGUCACCAGCAUGGUAUGUGUUCAAGACUGAUAUUGAUAGAUCGUUUACCUACUAA